AUGGAUUUUAAAGAUCGGUAUGAUUGCACUCCGCUACAUUACGCUGCGUAUGAAGGGGACAACGAUGCCAUUCGCCUCCUGUUGAACAGAGGGGCGGAGUUUCACGAACAAAAUACAUACCGUCAGACUGUACUUCACAUAGCAGCCUUUCACGGCCAUAAUGACACAGUCAAGUUGUGGUUGGAUCAUGGUGUAGACAUUGCUGCAGUGGACAACAUGUGCCGUGCUACGCUGGAUGAAAAUUGCUCGGGCAACACAGCACUUCAUGCAGCCAUUCCGCAUGGAGGUCUGAAAACUGUUACACAUCUAUUGGGUCUAGGGGUGGAGGUGAACGCGAGGAACAAAGAUGGCAAAGAUGGUGGUUGGACAGCACUUGACCAUGCCCUCCACUGGGGGGACUUCACAAUUGCAGAAGCACUCCUUUUGGCAGGCGCAGACUGUAACAUGGAGAUUGACGAGGAGCCAACACCUGUGCCAGGGCGCCUCUUUCAGAGCCACGCGGACCAGUUCUUCCCAGCACCAACGCUUGAUGUAGGUUCCGCGUUCCUUCUCAUCUUGUACCGACUUGGCGAGGGUCUUCUGGAUGCCUUGCAGCUCCUCCAAACUUAG